CACACCCAUUUCCAAACACACAAAAUCAUAGUUUUACACAGUUUCUCUCACAGAGAGUGUCCAUUGACACCUGAUCUGAGGUCACUUUAAAGGACAAAGAGAAAACAUAUGAUUCAAGAAAGAACAACUGUAGAAGUUUAGAGAGAAGAGGUUUGAGUGGACUAUAUGAGCUCUGUUUUGUGUUUUCUCUGAGGAAAAAAAGGACAACAUGAAAGCCUUCCUCCUCCUCUUCCUCAGCGAGAUCUUGCUGCUGAGACAGACCUCCGCAACCACACAGAGAGUGCCAAGACAAAACAUGAGGGUGCGUAUCAGUGCUGCUGGAGACACCAUUGUAUUUAAGUUCAUUCAGCCCCAUGUGGACACCAGAUUGGAGGGAUAUAUCCUGGGCUAUGGCAGUAGCAUGUUCUCCAAACAAUUUAUUCAUCUACCUGAGGAUGGACAACCCUAUGAGACCGAGAUAGAUGCUGAGCCCAAAUAUCUGAUUGCGGUACAGUCAAAGAAACCUGAGGAGCCUAAGAAACAAUGCACAGGGAAAGUGGAUCUAGAGAAACCAUUACAUGUUGUGAUUGGCUCGGUGACACAGUCGUCGGUGCUGCUGUCCUGGGGGACACUACUGACCAGCCCCUUCAUGGAUUCCGUUGUGGAUGACUGUAUUGAUGAGGGACAGUUCACAGUGCGCUACAGAGAGAAAGAACCCAGCAAUACCUGGAACUACCAGACCUGUCCAUCCACCAGCACAGUCAUCGACAACCUCAAACCAGAUGCUCUGUAUGAGUUUGCGGUCCGAGCAGACACUGAAAACAACAGUGGAGCCUGGAGCCCACCAGUCAUCCAUAACACAGCUGAUCAAAUAAUAGAGCCAUUUAAGGAACUGAACCAGGCAAUACCUAAAGAGCCAGUCUUGGCAGGCCAACCAUCAUUCUUGCCUCCAGUGUCAGUCUUAAACAACAUUACCCAGACCAGAGCUCCAGCUCCUCUCCUCAAACACACUGGCCUUCCAAAGCAAUGGAAAACUUCAGUUUCAACAAUAGGGGCAGAAAAUACCACAACGACUCCUGAUGAUCAACCUGCCUUCACUGAGGCCCUUAGUUUCACUGACACACCGAUCAUCCUGCCCAUGCCAAAAACCACAAACACAGUUCAACCUCAAAACCCCACCAGUCAUCCUAGCACUACCCAACCAGAUCCUCACACAGAGCAACAUACUAGUUUAACCCCACAACAACUUAUGACAACUCAGCCACAACCUUCCACAACCCAACAACAAACCAGCACAACCCAACCACCACCCACUACAAACCAAAAAUAUACCACCAAAACACUUAAAGUUAAAGUUCAACCAUAUACAGCCAAACAGCUGCCGAAUACAGUCCAACAACAGUUUAGUGAAACAACAUCUUCCCCCAGUUCAUCUACAACCAAACCACCACUUCACCAAACCCAACAACACACCACAAGGACUGUCCAGGAACAUCCCUACCCAUCUAAAAAACAAGACACCAUAACUCAACACAGUCUCCAUACAAGAAAAAUUCAGCCAGGUACCAAGGUGCAUCGGUUGAGCACAACCCAGCGUUCACAAGGCACGUCCAAACACCAAACUACACACACUUAUGAUUUCUCAAAAUCCACUUCCCAUUACCAGUCCAGCACAAUCACACAUUCAACAACAUUCACACAGCCAAACAACAAACCAACAGCCACACAUUCUGAACAGCCAAACAACAAACCAACAGCCUCACUUUCUAAACAGCCAAACAACAAACCAACAGCCACACAUUCUGAACAGCCAAACAAAAAAACAACAGCCACACUUUUUGAACAGCCAAACAACAAACCAACAGCCACACUUUCUGAACAGCCAAACAACAAACCAACAGCCACACUUUCUGAACAGCCAAACAACAAACCAACAGCCUCACUUACUGAACAGCCAAACAAACCAACAGCCACACUUUCUGAACAGCCAAACAACAAACCAACAGCCUCACUUUCUGAACAGCCAAACAACAAACCAACAGCCUCACUUUCUGAACAGCCAAACAAACCAACAGCCACACUUUCUGAACAGCCAAACGACAAACCAACAGCCUCACUUUCUGAACAGCCAAACAAACCAACAGCCACACUUUCUGAACAGCCAAACGACAAACCAACAGCCACACUUUCUGAACAGCCAAACGACAAACCAACAGCCACACUUCCUGAACAGCCAAACAACAAACCAACAACAACACAGAAUUGGUUCACAAAUGUCAAUUCUCCAACAAACACAGCUUUGAAUUCACCCACAACUUUAGCAAACAUUCAGGAUGGAUUUGUGUCAUGGCAGACAACCAAUUUCAUUAAGCAACCAAUAUUUAGCACUAAACCAUCCAUCCUUGUAGAAGAUUCGACACCCCAUAUUCCCACAACUGAAGAUUUGCCUCUUACCGAGAACGUACAGGAACUGACUCCACAACCUAUAUAUCCACCCAUACGCUUUUGGUACCAGCCCCAACCCAGCACCACAACACAACAUUCCAGCACUACUAAACAGCAAGCUAACACUGCUAAAUACAACCCAAAAACAUAUUCCCAUGUUGAAAACCAACCACCUAACCCUGAAGAACAGUUGCCAGGUACCCAAAAACCCCUACUAAACCUGACACCUAAAACGGCUUUCAUCAAAUCCGAUGCUAUUCAUAACUCACCCGUGGUGGAGAAGGUAACAGUGAGGACGCGUCAACCAGGUCAACCAGAGGCUAGUUCCCAGCCAAAGGACGAACAGCUACUGUCACUGCCAACACUUACAAAUGAGGUGGCCAAUAGGAACAAGGGCAGAGGUAUCUUCCACAACUCUUCUUCUUUGUCCCGCCCAUUGGCACGAAAUGUUACACAGAGACUGAGGCCUCAUGGUCGCAUCCCUCUGAUUCCUCCUACAAAGUCUUUCAGGCCACCCUCUGUGUAUCGUAACUCAACUUUCAACAGGAAAAAGGUGCCUCAUGGUGAGCGCCAUAUAGGCCUUUGGGCGCCCAAAAUUCCCAGAAAGAAACCUGAUAAGACAAAGCUGAACCAGGUUUCAGAGACUAAGGAAAAGGAAAAGUUUAUUGAUCUGAAGCAGAUGGACCCAGUACCAGAUUGGAAACCUCUACCUCCACCCACUACUGAAAAAACAACCAAUCAAGAGUCUUCACAGACAACAACGCCACAAUCUGCUUUUGAAGGCAGUCGUUUUGACACCGGUGACAACUCCUCUGUAUUCAGUCCUCAUCCCCUAUCUGAGGUGGAUGCAACGGGGAAGAAACGUUUUGUAGCACCUCACGUGAUCUAUAGAACCGACAAACGUCCAGAGGAGCCCUGCUCUGUCACUCACUCUCUCAGCUUCUUUCCUGAUGAGGAGGUGGGAUACAUAAAUGUCACUGGCCCACCCAAGACCCCUCCAUCCAACCUUACUGUAGUCACAGUGGAGGGAUGCCCCUCCUUCGUCAUCCUUGACUGGGACAAAACAGACAAUGAGACCACAGAAUAUGAGGUAGUUUCCUCAACCAAGGGUCCACAUGGAGAAGAGGUGUCCAUCCAGACAACAAAUCAAACACAUACAGCAGUGGAGAACCUGAAACCAGAGAGCAGUUAUGAAUUCAAAGUUGUACCCAAGAACGAGCUGGGUUCAGGCCCAACCAGUGAUCCAGUCAGCUUCAGUACUGAGUCAGCUGAUCCUCGCGUAAGUGAGGUGCCCACUGGUAAAAAUGCCAUCUGGUCAUCGUUUCCGUUCAAAGCAGACUCAUACUCUGAGUGCAAUGGGCGGCAAUUCAUAAAGCGAACCUGGUACCGCAAGUUUGUGGGUAUCCAGUUGUGCAACUCUCUCAGAUACAAGAUCUACCUUAGCGACUCUCUUAAAGGGAAGUUCUACAGCAUAGGAGAUCAAACAGGGUAUGGGGAGGACCACUGCCAAUUUGUUGACUCAUUCCUGGAUGGACGAACUGGUGGUCCUCUGCCGCCAGACCAAUUACCACCCAGACAAGGCUUUUUCCGGGCCAUGCGUCAAGAACCUGUCAAGUUUGGGGAUAUUGGAGGAAAUUCCAUGAUCAACUACGUGGCCUGGUAUGAGUGCGGGAUACCCAUUCCUGGGAAGUGGUAGGACCUCGAGGAGCAGAUGGAAGACAUGACGGAUAAGAAAAAGUAGAUCCCAAGGAAGAACUAGUCUUUUUAUGUGAUGACUGUGUAUGGAGAAUGAUUUCUUUGGAGUAUGUAUCUCUGUUUUUCGGUUAUCGGGCACAUAUAGAAUUAUUUAUAAGCUCAAACAGUGCAGCAAAUGUACAGAGAGCAUAAAUGUUACCAUUGAGAUUAAAAAGUUAGCCCUAAACUUUUGAUAAUAAAGGGAAGCAGGCUCCCUUAAAGUCUAAAUGAAGGUGUAUAUUAUUUAUCAAAAUGUUGAAUAUUCCACAAAAAAAGACAGCAGUCACAUAUUUAAGUGAAUAUUUUUAAGGCUCAUGUUCUAUUCUUCCAUACAGUUUUUUGUUCGCUCGUCUAUUUAGUGGUGGGACUGUUUUGGGAUGAUGUAAUUCAUAAAGGUGGAUUUUUCUCUCAGUAAACAGUUCUUUUUUGGACCUUGCAAGUAAUGUGCAAAAUUUACUAGGUUUACUGGCUUUAUAUGGUCAUGGCAGGAGUUGAAGAAUUGGAUAUAUCUGUACAGUGUUUCAGUUACACUGGUCUCAUGUGAAUAGUCUCAUUAAGUCUUUUGGCUUUGCUUAUAAAAUACUGUGUAUUUUACCAUUUAUCUGGGUGCAAUGCUUUGCCCCAUAGACUUUCAGUGUAAGUGUACGUUUUUUUUUUUUUCUAUUAUUGUUAGUGAAACAUGCUGUUAAUAACAUACUGAAUGUACUGAACCCAGAACAUUCCUUUAACAGCUCAAGCACAAGUUAAACAAGGAAUUUAAGGAAUAGCCAUAUAAAGUAUCCAAGCCAUGCUGCUUUUCAAUUAAUUGUUGUAAUUAUACUGUGUUUGAAUGUCAGAAAUGCAAUAUCACUUUAACAAGGAAGUCUAUUGUUUUGUACAGAAGUUCAAUGACUCAUGAUUUCCACAGAAAGCUUUUAAAUGCCAGAUUUUAUGUAAAAAAUAUUUACAUUGAUUUUUAUGAGGUUUAUCUGCUUUACUAAUAAAAGCACAAGCAGUUUUUGUUUCUGAAUCUGAUAUAUAAAAAAAUAUGGCAUGUUUUAGUAUUGUUUUAUAUGCAAUCCUCAAAAAUCUGAAAAAGAAAGACCUAAAAAAGAAAGACCAUAAAUGAAUAAAGCUCCCAUCACUUCA